AUAGAACAACUUUCUCGCUCAUAGUUUUCCCUCAUCCGACUGGUCUUCGAAUCACUUCGAGGAAAUACCAGAAAUUUAGAAAAUGGCGUUUCUCCAUUCGUGCUACCAUCUAUCGCCUCCAUCUCCAUCUUCUCGCUUAUACACUUUCAGAAAAUCAACUUUCAAUUCCCUCCUUCCUGCAUCUCCAAGCCUCCGCCGCCUCCCAGUGAGCCGUCGUCUAUCAUCCACCUUAACCUCCAGCCUUGCAGUUGAACAUCCAGCCACUUCAGGUACUGUAAGAAGCGAUGAUUCUCCGAAGCUUUUGCUUGAGGUCAAAGACCUAUCUGCUGUAAUUGUGGAAUCAAGGCAGCCGAUUCUCAAGGGCGUAAAUCUCGUUAUCUAUGAAGGGGAGGUGCAUGCAAUAAUGGGAAAAAAUGGUUCGGGAAAGAGCACUUUUGCUAAGGUCCUUGUUGGCCAUCCUGAUUAUGAAGUUACAGGAGGAAGUGCUAUCUUUAAAGGUGAGAAUUUGCUUGAGAUGAAUCCAGAGGAAAGGUCCUUAACUGGACUUUUUAUGAGUUUCCAAUCGCCAGUCGAAAUCCCUGGUGUCAGCAACAUUGAUUUCCUAAAUAUGGCAUACAAUGCUCGGAGAAGAAAACUUGGUCUUCCAGAACUUGGACCAAUUGAGUUCUAUGGGUACAUAUCUCCCAAGCUUGAGAUGGUGAAUAUGAAAAUUGACUUCUUAAACAGAAAUGUAAAUGAAGGUUUUAGUGGUGGUGAGAGGAAGCGCAAUGAAAUUUUCCAACUUGCGGUUUUGGGUGCAGAGUUAGCUCUGUUGGAUGAAAUUGAUUCUGGUUUAGAUGUUGAUGCUCUUCAAGAUGUUGCUAAAGCAGUGAAUGUGCUACUGACAUCAAAGAAUUCGGUUUUGAUGAUUACCCAUUAUCAUCGGCUAUUAGAAUUCAUUAAACCCAAUUAUGUUCAUAUUAUGGAGGAUGGUAAAAUAAUAGAAAAAGGAAAUGCGUCGAUAGCAAAACGCAUUGAGAAAGAUGGAUACAAAACAACUUCAUCAUCUGCUUAAUCGAGUUCGAGAUUUCUAUUACAAUGAUAGAAUUAAACUUAGUUGAGUGAACCCUAUUUCAGUCAAGAAAUAAAAGUUUCAGUCAUCCAAAACAAGCAGUUACUUCCUCAGCAUAAACCCUUUUGUCAUUGUCAUCUUUUUUUGUUAUGUGUAUGAAGAAAUUGUAUGUGGGGUGAAAUGCUCUGUCAAAAUAGUAAAUUUUUAGUAAUUUAUUUUUUUAUCUUUACCAGUA